AGUAAAACAAACUGACUGGAAUUACAAAACUAAUGCGGCAUUUUGAUUUGAAACUUUGUUUCAGAGACAGUAUUUACGCUUUGUUUGUAUUUGAGCUUCAAGGUAUAAGCAUAGAUCAUUUUUUCAUACGUUGUAAACGUUAGUUUAUUGUUGUAGAAAUGGAGGAGGAUCCAAAAGUUAAUAUGGCUCUGGAUGAUAUAAUUAAGAUGGAACAUAUGAAGACAGAAAGUGGAAGUAACCUAUCACAUAGAUCAAAUUUUGGCUCCAGAGCCAAUGGCGUAUGGAAGAAGUUUGCAAACAUGAAACGGAGCGCUGACGGGGACCCAAACAGCAUACAGAACCUGCGCUACUCGAGCAACGGGCCCCUGGCACAUCGCAACCGGAAGCGCUACUUCCCGUUCCAGCGCGCCGCCUUCAAGGGCCGGCCGAUGAUGCAAUACGGCCGCAGCAGGGUGCGGUACGCCACGCAGUACCUGAACCGCAUCCAUCAAGGGCCGCGUCACAUGAUGCAGGGACAGGCACCUUUCUCAAAGCAGUUUGUGCAUAACAGGCUGCUGGCGCUGAAGAGGCUGCAAGAGAGGCGGUCUUUGAUGAUGAAGAUGUCUGCUAGAUCCCACGGAAGUGACGACGACCUCAGUGUAGUCAUCCCCAAUGAGUUGGCAAUGAAUUGCCAAGCCGGCCAGAGAUAUCGGUCUGGAAGUGUCGGCAGGAGCGGCAGCCAGCUGACGGUGAGGAACAUGCAGAGGUUCAACGAGCUGUGCGGGGGCAACGGGCGGCGGUCGCGGCCCGGCUCCGUCUACUCGGCGGGCCACCUGUCUCGCCGUAGCCGCUCGGCGUCGGUGGGACGGCACUCCCGGAACCAGGCGGCCGGCCCGUUCGGGCGCUGGGGGUCCCGCCCGGGCACCCCCGCCAACUCGGAGGCGUCCGGCUACAGCGUCGGCUACCACAGCCGGCUCCUGAACUACGGGCUGCAGCGCAAGGUGGCCAUGGUCCAGGGACUGCCCGUGCCGGUGGACCGCGACGGACGGCCGGUCAUCGUCUGCAACGGCCUGGGCGUGGAGCACCUGGUGAGUCCCGUGGGCACGAACAGGACGCUCCACGAGCGGAUCUCCGAGAUGCUGCAGAAGCUGUGACUCGUUUGUGCCGACGAGACUUCCAGACCACCUGUCCAGUUAGGGCAGAAUUUUCAUAUACGAGGAAGAAUCUUGUGUUGUGUGGUAAACCUUUGAAACUAGUUAUCGGUGUAUUACCUACGUGAAAACCUCUUGCAUACACCGGUUUUGUACCACUGUUACCAUUUGCAAGUUUUUUUGUUCACCUUUAAAGCUACUUCAUGUGCGAGUGUUGUAUGAAGGUUAGAAACAGCUGCUGGAAAAUCUGCAUAAACAUUGAAAUUCUGUUGUGUGCCCCAGAAUGUUUGUUUGCAUUUAGUUUUUUACUUCUUGGAAUAAGAAAAAAAAAAGAAUCAUUUGUAAUAAUGUACUAAUGCUUUUGAGUACACUAAUGUGCUCACAAAGCCAUUUCAGUCUUCAAAAUUUCCACUCUACUUUGUCAGAAACAUAAACCUCUCUUAAGCUAGUGUACAUUAAGUUGGUAGUUGAAGAAUCAUUGUUAUUUUCAUGUUUCUGUUUACUGGUGUGGUGUAAGUGAUAUAUGAUGUGUUAGAAUUUUGUGUGUGGAGAUAAUGAUACAACACUGGCUUAAAUUUACGUAUUGAUCUGUGCAUUAUGCAUGCACUCAAUCCGCUGGGUUAUCAUGUUUGAAAUAAUUGAGAUUUUGAUAUCUCUGCAGUCUUUGAUUGAUUUUCGGAAAUUCAGUGAUUCUUGCCAGAAUGCAUUGUAUAUUGGUGCUGGAGUCAUAUGAUCUGGAUCAUGAAGUCUUUACUGUUGGUUGCUUAUUGUCGUUCAUGAAGGUAUAUCUGAUAAACUUGUGUUUGCUGGACAUUUGUGCAGAAUUUAUUCCGGCUCUAUUGUCUAUUGCAUUAAUCAAUUUAUGCUAGUAGUUGGUUUGAAUGAACCUUCCAUACCUUUAAUUUUUAGCCUAAUAUUAACAAGUUCCUGCAUGUGAUAAAUGGGAGGAAUGAUUUAUUAUUUUGUUGAGGGCUUCUACAAACUCUACCACAAAAGUUGACUUAAAACAUGUCAAAAAUGGAUCCUAUUAUUGUUCAGAAAAUACAACAUUAAUGCUACUGUGUUUUAUUGCAUAAUAGUCGCACAAUUUAUGCUAAAAUCAAGUCUGAAAAGUAGGGGUGUCAUUUUUAUGCAAAAAUGUUUCUAGGUAAAGUUAUUCAUAAAAAAAUACAACCUAUUCAAGGAAAGUACGUUCAUUGAAAAAGUAGAGUAUACAAAAGCACGCCAAAUAACUUAAAUUAAUGUAAUGCAACAACAAAAUUUUGUUCAACUUUAAAUAGAAAAAUGAAAACUGUGAGCCGAAAGUAACACAUAACUGUCAUCGUAGUACACAUCACGAAAGAGUACAGGCUGUCAAAUGUAGUUAACUCGGGUCUAGACAGAGCACGUGUGUUGCAUGCUAUCGGCGAACUAUCGAUAUUAAUAUUCGACUACAUGUGCGCGCUCCAUACAGAAAUCAACAUAACCAAACAUAAAUGAUGUCAACUAGUGCUGGCUACAUUUUUUAUAAGCGGUACACAGCGGUGACUAAGACGAAACGUUUAAAAAAUCUUUAAAAGUAAAUAUACACAUCAGACAACUUUGUAUUUCAACUUUAAAAUAUAUUGUUUUAUACAGGAAAACUACCUACACAAAGCAUUCAGAAUCUAAAAACAUUAUGCAACGAUUAUGAAAGAAAUUUUUUUUCUACAAAUUUUUAUGACUUAAAAUAACGGUGCGACAAUUAUCUGAUAAAACACUGUGAUUUUUUUUAGGUUUUAAUUAGUUUUUCUUGUGUAUAUGCAGCAGUGCUUUUGUUAAACAAUUUUAAUUUGGCACCAAAAAUGGUGGCCAAAUUUUCCUCUUUUUAAAACUGGUUUAAAAAGAGUACAAAACUUACAAAGCCCUCCCUUUAACUUGGGUGAGUAAACUAACCAUGAGUACUUUUCUAGCCAAUUUUUUUGAAACUACAGUCAAACCUCAAUAAUACAAACUUACAAGGGACUGUAAUUUUGUCACUUAGCAAUGGAGAGUUUUUUAUUAACCAAACUUUUACAAAACUAGUUAAAUGACAGUUUUAUGUGAUUUUUAAAAAUAUCCAAAGAAGGAUGAAAUUAUUUUUCUUAUUUAAUGCAUGCAUGGCACAUAAAAAGUAUGAGAUCAAGAAAACUCUCACCUAAUUUAUCCAGUACCAUAUGUAUUUUUUUAGGAUAGUAAAACACCAUUUUAGAAUAGCUACACCUGUGGUUUUAAAAAACAUUUUUUUACUGUAGUUACAGUAGAACCCUGUUACAAUGUUCCUGCUUAUAAUUUUUUCUUGCUUACGUAAUUAAGUUCUGACAUUUUCCCCAUGAGGUCAUUGUGUGUAUUUUCUGCAUAUAACGUUUCAUAAAUGGUGCAUUUCCUGCUUAUAACAUUUGCUUUAUAAAAUUCAAUAAAAGUAAAUUUUUUUUUAAACUUAAAUAUUCCAACACUUAUCCUUUCUGUGAAGUUAAACAUUUAAAAAUGUUUACUUUACACUUUACAUACAUUUUUGUUUACAAUCACGAUUAUUAAGGACCCCAGAAAAUGGUAAAUAAAACUGGCUCAUUUCGGUGUAAAAAAAUGACAAAAGCGGUGCAAAAAACCGGUGUAAAAAUUAGCAAGCGGUGCAAAAAAUCUGUGUAAAAAUAAGCAAUCAGUAGGGACCGCAAAAAAUUGUGAAAAAAUUAUGCCAUUGGCGGUGUAAAAAAAACCUCAUAGCCUUACUGCUUCCUUAUUUGCCUGGCCACUUUUUGGGACAUAAGUUUCUCUAAGAGUGUUGGCUGAUGAUGGCAAAUCCCCUGCACCUAAAAUGUAUACAUAACUUACAAUAUACUUAUAAAUAGGUAGCAUUUAUAAGGUUAUCGCUGAAAAUAUUAAUGGGCUAAUUUAUUCAAAACAAUUCUUAGCCAAACCUAACCUAACCUUUUCUAGAUUAGGUACUGCUGGAUUACAGAGUCAAACCAUCAAUCAAUCAGUCAAAAAUAUAUUGUGGUGUGCUCACCAUUUCACAAUGCAAUCCAUCCUAUUUAUGUGUUUGUUAAUCUGAGGUACUUGCAUAUUUAUUUAAAGUAAAGGUAAGUUAAUCGAUAAUAUUGUAGGCCUACAUAUGCUUAUGAACUUUUAUUAGAGGGGGAAAACAUUUCUAAAUAAAUAAGGCUAACCUUCAACAUGGGUGUUACACCAUUCCCUCAUAGCUGGAUGAUCAGCUUUUUCCAAAGGAAUGUUAACUUACAGCAUCAUAUUAACAAAAUCAGAAAAAAAAUUCUUGUUUUCUGCACUUUAAAGCUUGUUUGCUUUAUUAACGCUGUCGCCUAUCGAGAUUUGUUUAGACACGGUAGAAUGCUUGACAAAAUAAUUGUCUUUUUUGUUUUGUUUUGUGUGUGUCAUUUGCCACAUGCUAUUUGCACGUGUCUUUGCGUGUACAAUCAACCCGCACAUUGCAGAACUUGCACAUCAUAAUUUUGUCCCGCUGAUCAAAAAUAUAAAAUCAUCCGAUUUUAUCUCUCUUUCGCGAUCAAACAUUGUCGAAGUUUUCGGCAUCUUAGCCACAAAUUCAAUUGUAUCACAAAAAUUACAAAAUGUGGACGGUAGUUGUAAACACUCAUAGAUAUGUGCACGCAAAAAUGACUGCCAUCUUAGCUCGAUGCAAUUAAAUUAGGUUAGAAAAAUCGACACCAGUGCGCCUUGCGGCAGAAACGACCAUUAUUCAAAACACGAAAACUGUGGAGUCAAUUUGUUAUGUUGGUAGUGCGCACAUAUCGAUUGUUGACAAUUUUUACAUUUUGUUUUCAUUUGCAAUGGCAAUAUUUACUGUUUGUAAACAGAGUAAUAAAAAUACGUGAAUUUCACUAACGUGUCAAAACGAUGAUAAUAUCACGGCACUAGUCUUUCAGUCUAUGUUUAUUUCACGCCUAUGUUUAUGAUGGCGUAAAUAAAUAGAACUUACGACAUAAGGACAUUAUUUUGUGCGAAAAAGCGUGAAUUUCGCGCGAAAAUUCGUGAAUUUCGCGAUUAUGUCAAAAUCAAAGGAAAGUCGCAAAAUUCGUUUAAAGUAUCAAAUUUUCGCGUUAUUUCGUGAAUUUCGCGCUUCACCAUUUUUCGGGGUCUCUAACGAUUAUACCAUAUGUUUAGAUUGUUUAAAUAGGAUUAUUGUCUGUAGAAACGGAAUGUGUGCCAGAACACUAAUGCUACACAUUAGUGCUGGCUAGUGCAGUGUAUUUGAUAUAUCGAAGGUACAUAACGUUACAGUCAUCAUGUCUGUUGGCACCCGUGUUUUCAAAAAAAUAACAAAUCCUUUAGUUCCUUGUCAUUCUAUUGUGUUUUCGGAUGUAUGUAGUGUAGUGGUUCGGUUCUUUGAUGAGCCACGGACGAGAUAAAAUAAACAAAGACUUGUCGAAUCGACACAAAUUUAUUGCAAUAUUUUCAUCAUUAUAACCAACCCCUGGUUACUGGCCAGCUCUGCGGCACUCACAGCCAUUCACGCUCGCAUCCCACUCCUAACUCCCUUUCCUUCCUGCGCUCACAUGAGCAGUGCUCUACAGUCCAACAUGGCGGGGAUCUUGACGCCACCCACAAUCGCAAACAAAUUUUACCUGGGUCGGCCAAGUGUCACCUACCGAUUUGAAAAUUACACGUAGACAUUGCAUUAACCAACAUUGGACUGCUCACCCAUGGUGAUUAAACGUUAUGCCAAGCCAAAAAGACUAAAAUUACGUGCGGAUGAAGAAACAGUCCCGCGGAAGGAUAUAUACCUAGCAGCAACAUGGAACAGUGUUCUGUGUCCAUAACGUUCUAGAACGAGAGUGGGCUGCCACGUAAUUUCCGGCAACAUGUCUCCCUGAGGGCAAAAAGGCACUAUCUCCAAAUAUAUACAUAUAUUAUUCAAAAUAAACUUGUUAAAAUAUCAAUUUAAUCAAAAAUGGUCACCGGACAUAAAAGAUCAUAAAUAAAUCAGCGAACACUACGGUACCCAAAUAGUCUGUGGUAUUUAAUAUUUUAAAUUGUGUUAAAUUUAAUGGCAAUAGGAAAUUGAAUUUUAACUGUACCAGCACCGUUCUCCAUGUUACUGGCGGUUCGGUUACCUCAAGGAUCCAAACACAUCUUAUACUAGGUUAACGUCCUAUUCCCUAAUUAUCAAACUGUUAAGUGAAAGAAAUCUAAGCAUAAAUAAUUAUGUUUCUUGUUUACAAAUUAAGAGAAUACAAUAUCAAACACAAGAAACUUAAAAUUUCUAAAUAUCCCUCUUAUGGUUAUUGUGAGCAGUCUCCUAACCAGUAAAUUACAUUAUAAUUGGGCUUUGUCGUAACCCAGGGGAUAAUUCAAAACAUCAUUAAUUUUGAUUAAUAUUCCAAACAGUGGAAGAAAACCCAUAAACAAAAGGUAUCAGUUCAUUAUUUGUCCUUCCUGCUGUAUUGUAGGGGAAAGCAUAAUGACCCAAAAUACACUCUUUGACAAUUUAAACAAUAUAAGAGUGUAGGGAUCCUCUUCUACACCUGUCUCCCUGUAAACAAAUGUGGGAGAGUGGACACUUUAAACACCUAUGUCGGAGACCAACAAACUUCACCCAGCUCGUCCGAAUAGAAUGCAUCCUGACUACAUAAAUACAUUAAUAAAUCAAUAAAAAAAAGUUGGGCUAGGCAGAAGGCCAGGCUCUUCACAAUAUGCAUUUUUUUUUAGGAUAGUAAAACACCAUUUUGGAAUAGCUACACCUGUGGUUUUAAAAAACAUUUUUUGCUGUAGGUACAGUAGAACCCUGUUACAAUGUUCCUGCUUAUAAUGUUGUCUUGCUUACAUAAUUUAAAGUCCUGACAUUUUCCCCAUGAGCUCAUUGUGAGUACUUUCUGCAUAUAACGUUUCAUAAAUGGUGCAUUUCCUGCUUAUAACAUUUGCUUUAUAAAAUAAAAUAAAAAUAUUUUUUUUUAAAACCUAAAUAUUCCAACCCUUAUCCUGUAUCCUGUAUUUAAAAUUGUUUACUUUACACUUUACAUACAUUUUUGUUUACAAUCACGAUUAUACCAUAUGAUUAUAUUGUUUAAACAGGAUUGUCUGUAGAAACGAAAUGUGUGCCAGAAUAGUGUACUAACACUACACAUUAGUGCUGGUUAAGGUAAGUGCACCGGUACUCGUCACUGCUCCAAUGGUCGUCACUAGCAACUUCAAAUGUAAAUAAUAGAGAAGUAGCUCAAUAUAUCGCCAACUUAAAUAUUGACAAAAAUUUGGUCGACGUUCUAGCUGAAAUUACCACAAUAGUUUUCGGAACAAACACUAUUUUCAAUCAAAAAAAGUCCGUGCAUCAAAAGUUCGUAGAGCAGUGAAGAUAAAUAGGGGAAUUCCUAUACUAAAACACUAAGGACGUUAGUGCACAUUUUUACUUCUAAUUCUGUAAUUUUUCAUGUUUAUUCGUGAUGUUUUGUGCUGAAUGUGUUAGUUAAAUGUUCUUGAAGAGGUGAAAGUGUUUAUUUAAAAAAAUUCGUUUUCUUUGUAUGAUUUAGUUAGGGUGACGAAAACUGGAUCAAUAAAAACCUUGUAUUGCUAGUGUUCGUCAUACCUGACGAGCACUGGUACAUUUAAUAUUUUAUUUAAAGUUGUGCUAAGUUACACCCUAAAGUUCUUAAAUAAUAUUGGUUCUUUGUUGUUAAUAGACAAAGUACGUUAUUAUGAUCAGAUCCAGUAGUCGUCACCUAUGACGACUUCCGAUGCAUGUGUAUGACGACUUCUGGGUCGGAAAUUACUUUACUUUAUUGAUUGCAAAAAUUGUGUAGGCAUUGUUGUUUACAUUCAUUUAGGGGUCAUUCGAUAUAUAUUUUGACAUUAAUAAGUAAACUAAACAUUGUAAUGUGUCUCGUUCUUUAAUUACAGGGCAAAAUGCCAAAACGGAAAAUACUGUUGUAUGAAGAGUCAGCCAUGGAAGCUGCUCUUAAAGAUGUAGCGAAUGGUAUGAGUAUAAAAUGAGCAGCGGAAAAAAAUAGUGUGCCAAGGAACACAUUGUCCGAUAAACACAAAGGCAAAUCGCCCUUGGGUAGGAAGAUGGGCGGGCCCUGAUUCAUUUUUAUAUUUUACUUGUGAUACCGCAUAACAUGCUAUGUUAUGUUGCAGCAACGAAUUGAGUCGUAUUGCGUACGCGUACAGUAUGACGUCGCGUAAAUAAUAAUAAAUAGAAUAUAAACAAUUAACAAUAUUUGAUAAUUAAACAGUUUUUGUUAACCAAGAAACAAUUAAAUCUCAUUAGAGCGGCUUUAUUAUAUCUCUUUUAAGAUAAGAACAAAAAAAAACGUGAAAAUACGCGAUAGUGAAAAACAAAAACAUACAUAUUUCUAAUUUGUAAAAAAAUACUUUGUUACGUUGUUUCUGUUCCAAUCUCAAACUUUGUCUACACACAUAAUACCUUUAAUAAACAGUAAAAAAACUUAGACGAGGAAUUUCCAAAUUAUACUUUAUUAAUAAACAAACAUUGUUCUUUGUAUCGUAAAUUCAUUGAAUAUGCGCGCGCAUGCGUAAAAUAUACGAGAAAUGCGAGUAACAAAAUGCAGCCGUGUGUAACGUUUCGUUACUCGUUACUAGACGGCACACCCGUUACUCAGUAACGAAUACAUUCGGUUUGCUACAGCUCUAUGUGCUGUCCCUCUCUGUUCCGUGAGUGCUGUAAGUAAAUUCAAAAUUUAAUGAGGAUUAUUCAUUAUAUUACUGAACGAUCUUUAUGAAAUGCCAUUUUGAUGUUUAAAAUAUAGUACCAAAUAAAAUUUGAAGCCCAAAUAGUACAAUACUAUCAUUCUGGAUCCAUGAAUUAAAACUAAUGCAGCCGAAAUCGCACAUGACGACUACUGGCACAAACAUGUGACGAACACUGGCAAACACGAAAAUUUGCAUGACGACUACUGGCUCGAAAUCACACUUUUUUCAAAAUUAUAAAUCUACAAAAAUAAUUUGUGUUUAUCGAAGAGUGUUGGAUAGCAUUGUAGAGUAAAUUUUGAGGUUAAAAACAAACAUGUAGGGGCAGUAAUACACCUACAAGGUUAUGUACACAAUUUUUUUUUUAUAAAACUCUUCUUAGCAUGACGACUACUGGUACAUCUACCUUAGUGCUGUGUAUUUGAUAUAUCGAAGGUACAUAACGUUCAGUCAUGUCUGUUGGCACUCGUGUUUUCAAAAAAAUAACUAAUCCUUCCGUUCCUUGUCAUUCUAUUGUGUUUUCAGAUCUAUGUAGUCCUAAAAUAUUUUAGUUAGCUAGCUAUUCCGUGCUGGCAAAAAAAAGUAUUCUAUUGCUGCUGAUAAUGAGUUUAAUUUAUUUCAUUCAUAGGUAGGAAUCCCAAAAUUACAGAUUUUCACGUGAUAAAGAAAUUGAAAAUAGGCAUUCCCACUCUUAAACGUCGUCAUCCCAAAUCGUGAGACAAUUUUACAGAAAUGUGGCAGUGUGACUUUAAAGACAAAAUAGAAGUUUGAAGCACAAUAAAUUGAAAAAUUGUUGGUUUGGUUAAGCAAAUUCAAACAUUGAGUUUACGCAUCAGUGGUUUUAACAUUAAACUUGUUAACAUAUCUUGAUGAGUUCAAUGGUCAAAAUUUAAAACACUGACAAGUACUAAAUUGGUAUUUCCUGCUUAUAACAUUUUCCUUCUUGUAAUGUUUUUAUACCUUAUGCCCCCUUGAAAAAUGUUAUAACAGGGUUCUACAGAAGUAUUAAAAUGAUGUAAGACUGCAGCAUAUCGCCGCCUGAGUAUUGGAGUGUUCUAUGUCCACUUUUUAGGUUUUUUAUGCUAUGGACACAAAAUUAAUAUUAGUAUUCAUUUGUACUAUAUCCACACACGUCUACGCACAUAAAAAUGGUUGUUCUUAAUUUAAGACCAAUAUUAUUUUGUUCUAUGUCAUGAUAUUCAUAGUUGUUUGAACUUUCAAAUGCUUAUAUCUCAGUUCCGACUUCAAUAGACAUAGAACACUCCAAUUCUCAGGCGACGAUAUAGCAAAGUUUUAGACAAUACCUACAUAAAGACUUACCAUCACUUAAGUAUAUGCAAUUAAUAAGCUGUUUUCCCCAUGCUACACUGAAGCAAACUGAUGCCAUAAUUAUUAUUUUAUUUUAAACUUAUAAUAGGUAGUUUCUUUCCCUUAUUUUUGGAUGUUGUAUUAACCAGCCUUUAGUAUACGUAUAAAAUUGUCCAAACUUGGUAUAUAAACAAUUUCUUUGUUACACAAUUAUUGCUUUGCAUUAUAGGUAAUUUGUAAAUAGAAAUUUCAAAGGACUGUGAAAAUACUUUGUAUUAAUAAGUGUUUCAUUUUAACAUGGGUUUUAUUAAUGAGUUUUCACUGUAGGUAGUAGUUUGUUCAUCUAUUGUUACCCUGCCCUUGCUAGAGACAAUGUAUAUUUUUAGCAUUUGUUGAAUAAACAAGUAUUGAUAAACAAUUGAACAAACAAGAUUCAUAAACAAGAUGAAUAAACAAUGUUGUAAUUAGUUGAAGUGAUUUUAGGACUCAUUCUAAUUUUAUUUAGUUGGGAAUUUGCAUUAUUUUGUAUUAUUGUCCUCUUUGUAGGCUAUUUCAAGAUGUUUUCCUCAUGAAAUUGCCAGUUUUUUCCUGUUCUUGUAGUCGUUACAGAUAUAGUCAUAGAAUGUUAUAGGUUAGGAUCUUGAAAUAUUUUUGUUUUCAGCAAAUUCUAUUAUGUAUUGAAAACUUAUUAAUUAGAACAAUCAUAUAUUUUUAUUUCAUUGCCCGUUUUUUUGUUUGAUUAAUAUUUGAAUGAUUAGUUGCACACUGCCAAUGUGAUUUUUGUCGUGUGCACAGAAGAGCAUGAAAAGUUUUGAAAGUUCCUGUAUUUCGAGCCUUGUGUGUUAAAUAUAUAUUCAUGUAUUAUGUAGUCCCAGUUUUAGCAACACGACAUUCAGUGUAUGGUCAGUUCUGUAAGGAUUACAGUUGGUGUUUAUAAAUUUUUUUUAAAAAUAUUUCUUGUGACAAGACUGAGUAAAAAUUCAAAGUGAUAAACGACUUGUGUAAUGUUCUUGCAAUUUCAGAUAUGCUGCUCUUUAUUUCUUUUGAGAAAUAAAUAAAUAUGUUAGUAAUUGUUAAAAA